CAGAGCAACAUGUUUAACGUAGGAGCAUUCAAACUGCUUGCAAUAAUUGCUUUCCCUGCAAUUAUUCUGCCAGCCAGUGAAGGUGCCAAAUAUAUUGGUUGUUUUAGGGAUUUCUUUUUUCCUCGAGUCAUGCACUGGGGUUCUGGAGCAGUACAUUCUAUUGAGGAAUGCUUAAAAAUUUGCAGUUGGAAGAAAGACAGAUACGCUGGAUUACAGUAUGGAAAACAAUGUUUUUGUAGCGGAAGGUAUUCCAAAUAUGGUGGAGCCCAUAAUUGUAAUAUGAAAUGCAAGUCAGGGCAGACGUGUGGCGGAUUCUUGGCAAACAGUGUUUACGAAAUUGUCAAUCCAUGCUAUAGGAGACCAUGUAAGAAUGGCGGCACAUGUAUCAGGAAAGGACAUAGAUUUACCUGUAAAUGCAGACCUGGUUACUCUGGAAAAUGCUGUAAUAUAUUGAAUCCAUGCUAUAAGAAACCUUGUAAGAACGGUGGCGCAUGUAUCAGGAGAGGACGUAGAUUCAUCUGUAAAUGCCGACGUGGUUAUAUUGGACGAUACUGUCGUUCGUUCAAUCCAUGCCAUAGGAGACCAUGUAAGAGCGGUGGUUUGUGUAUCAGGAAAGGACGUAGUUUCACCUGUAAAUGCAGACCUGGUUACUCUGGAAGAUACUGUAAUAUAUUCAAUCGAUGCCAUAGGAGACCAUGUAAGAACGGUGGUUUUUGUAUCAGGAAAGGAAGUAGUUUCACCUGUAAAUGCAGACCUGGUUACUCUGGAAGAUACUGUAAUAUAUUCAAUCCAUGCCAUUGGAGACCUUGUAAGAAUGGCGGCACAUGUAUCAAGAAAGGACAUAGAUUCACCUGUAUAUGCAGACCUGGUUACUCUGGAAGAUACUGUAAUAUAUUGAAUCCAUGCUAUAAGAAACCUUGUAAGAACGGCGGCAUAAGUAUCAGGAAAGGACGUAGAUUCACCUGUAAAUGCCGACGUGGUUAUAUUGGACGAUACCGUCGUUCGUUCAAUCCAUGCUAUAAGAAACCUUGUAAGAACGGUGGCGCAUGUAUCAGGAGAGGACGUAGAUUCAUCUGUAAAUGCCGACGUGGUUAUAUUGGACGAUACUGUCGUUCGUUCAAUCCAUGCCAUAGGAGACCAUGUAAGAGCGGUGGUUUGUGUAUCAGGAAAGGACGUAGUUUCACCUGUAAAUGCAGACCUGGUUACUCUGGAAGAUACUGUAAUAUAUUCAAUCGAUGCCAUAGGAGACCAUGUAAGAACGGUGGUUUUUGUAUCAGGAAAGGAAGUAGUUUCACCUGUAAAUGCAGACCUGGUUACUCUGGAAGAUACUGUAAUAUAUUGAUAAAUCCAUGUCUUAGGAUAUCGUUUAAGAACCGCAGGACAUGUUUCAGGAGAGGUCGUAAAUUCUUCUGUACAUGCAGACCUGGUUACUCCGGAAUAUGCUGUACUGUAUUCGAUCCAUGCCAUACGAAACCAUGUAAGAACGGCGGUACAUGUAUCAGGAAAGGACAUAGUUUCACCUGUAAAUGUAAACCUGGUUACUCUGGAAGUUACUGUAAUACAUUUUCAGCGUGUGGAAAUGCUGUGGCAGAUAUCAUGUUUGUAUUAGACGACUCUGGAAGCAUUUCUAAAAAGGAUUUUCUAGUGAUGAAAACUUUUGUCAAGAAACUUGUCUCAACUUUUCCAAUAUCAUCAAAUGCUGUCCAAGUUGGUAUUAUCACAUUUAGCACCAAUGUAAAGAACCAAUUUAAUUUGAAUAAAUUCAGGAAUAUCCUUGAUUUAAACACAGCGAUUGACAGAAUAGCUCACAUCGGAGGCUGGACACACACCUAUGCCGCUUUAAAUUACCUUAAAGAUUCUUCGUUCACUGCAAUGUCUGGUGACCGAAAAGAUGUGUUGAAUAUUGCAGUUGUCAUCACAGACGGAAACUCAAAUAAUCAGGUCUUGACAGUAAAAGCAGCUGAAAAGGUGAAAAAGAGUGGAACUAUGAUAUUCGCAAUUGGAGUCGGGAAAAAAAUUUCGAAUACCGAACUCAAAGCAAUUGGUAGCGAGCCGAGUUCGAAAUACGUAUUUUCAGUGAAUAGUUUUGAUGUCUUACAGAGUAUAUCAUCGACAUUCUCAGCUAAAGCAUGCAAUGCUUCGAAACCAUGUAUAUGUAAAGUGUCUGGUGACCUUCACUAUGAUACGUUCGAUGGACAAUUGAUACAUUUCAUGGGCACAUGCAAAUAUACACUGGCUACUAUUAAGAACGGAUCGAAUAAUACCUACUUUUCUGUUGAAGUAAAGAACGAACACCGAGGGAAUAACCGUAUAUCUUGCACACGUUUAGUGGAUGUCAAACUCACUGGUUUCACAAUUCGUCUGUUGCCAGCUAACAAAAUCUUGAUAAAUUCAGAAGAGAAGUCGUUACCCGUAAGAAAUUAUAAAGAGUUUUCAGCCACGUACUCUGUCGGGUGGAUUACAGUUACCACUGAAUGGGGUUUGAAGAUCAUGUUUGAUGGUAGACAUAGAGUCACUGUUACAUUACCACCAAUAUUUGCCGAUCAACUGACUGGAAUCUGUGGAGAUUGUAACGGAGAAAAAGAUGACUUUCGUCCGAAAUCUGGUGAAGAUGUUUCUCAGAAAGCAAAUAAAUUUUCUUUAAUUGGUGCCAGUUAUCAAGUUGAAGAUGACAGUGAUAAACCCGAAACAAAAUGCAAAGUGAAUGAUGUUAAUUCGACUUGUUCAAAGGAGCAGACAAAAGAAUGUGAUUUAAUGAAUGACAAAAUCUUUGAAGCCUGCAUUGAAAAGAUCGGAGCUUCGCAUCUAGAAGAAUACUUGGAGUCUUGUAGAAUCGAUGUCUGUAGUUAUCACAAUGAUCCUACGAACCACCACUCUGUUUUCUGUCGAAUCAUUGAAGGUUUUGCUACAGAAUGCGAAAGUGUGGGAAUUUUCGUUAAUUGGAGAGAAAUAUCACAAUGCCCGAUGAAAUGCAAGGAAAAGGAAGAGUUCCAAUACAAGACUAGCAGCUGUCAACCUUCGUGCGCUGAUAGAUCACCAAAUUGCACAGGUUCCAGUCAAGGUUGUGUUUGUAGACAAGGCUUUAUUCUGAGUGGUGAACAGUGUGUACCUGAAACAGAAUGCGGCUGUAUCGACAACAAGAUAUAUAUGAAGGUUAAUGAGGAAAUUAUAUCAGCAGAUUGUAAAACAAAGAAAAUAUGUAAACCUGGUAACGAAGUCGUAACAGAAGAUAUCACUCCUUGUGGUGAAAACAGCCACUGCGGAAUUGAAAGAGGAAGAUAUGCCUGUGUUUGUAAGGAAAAUUUCAUUCUUCAGAACGGAAAAUGUGUUCACACUGGUGAGUAA